GCGGGUGAGGGAGCGCUACGUUGCGCUGCCAGACCGGCCGGCCGCCGCAGCCACAGAGAUCUAUUUACCGAGGCAUUUCUCCCUCGGACGGACAGUUCUCGUGAUCCAGUCGGGGAGAGAGGAGGCCCUGUGGAGACACACGAAGCCUGUUUUGAUACACAAACACUCAUCAACAAUGUCCACGGACGAGGGUGGAAGGAUUGACACCUACGACUACUCCGUGUUGUGCCGCAACUGUGACCAGGAGGCCCCCGACCCCCGCCCCUGCCAGGUCACGGGCACGCUGCCAGAGUGGCUGAAAGGACAACUCAUUUACAACGGCCCGGGGCUCACCAAGGUGGGGCAGCAGGAGUACCAUCAUGCCUUCGACUCCUCCGCCCUGUUGCAAAAGUUUGAAAUCUCCGACGGGAAGGUGACCUACAGCAACCGCUACGUGCGUUCCAAGACAUUCGAGCAGAACCAGGCGGCCGGGACGAUCACCAAGGCGGAGUUUGGCACCCCAGCGCCAGCCUCCAAGGGGGUUUUCUCCAGACUGCUAGAUGCAAUGGACCCGGAGAAGAUGUUCUCAGACAAUGCUCUCGUGACAGUGGCAGACUUUGGGGGCCGCUACUUCGCCAUGUGUGAGACACCCUUCAUGCUGGAGAUCAACCUGGACACCCUGGAGAUCAAGGAGCGGGUGAACCUUAACAAGAAGUACGGCCUGAUGACACAGAGCCCACACCCCAUCCAGGCCAGCGACGGGGUGUACACGGUGGGCCAGGGCGUCGGGGUGACGGGACCCAAAUACUGCAUCGUCAGAUUUCCUCCAGAUGGUAACCUGAAGCAGGGUAAGGUGAUGGCCUCCAUCCCGGCACGCUGGAAGAUGUCUCCCGCCUACAUGCACAGCAUGACCAUGACUGAAAACUACGUGGUGCUUAUCGAGCAGCCCCUGGCGGUGUCCCUCUCGGAGCUGCUGAGCGACAUCCUGACCAACGCUCCUUUCAUCGCCGGCCUCAAGUGGCACAACGAACCAGUGCUGAUUCACGUCAUCGAUAGGAAGACCUGGAAACCCGUCAAGACCCGCUACGUGGCGGAGUCGUUCUUCUUCAUGCAUAUUGCCAACGCCUACGAGGACGGGGAACACAUCGUGCUGGACGUGCCCACCUACAAGGACUCAUCGCUGCUACACAACAUGUACAUCAAGACACUCAGGGAACAGCGCGGGAAGAACACCGAGGACUUUGUGAGCAGCUUUCGGUCAACGCUGCACAGGCUGGUGGUGCCUCUCAACGCCAAGGGGAAGGAGACGCUCAUCUCCCUCGAGGGCACGUCAUGCUCGGCCUCGUGGUCCGGACAAGAGGUCAUGCUGAAGGGCGAGAAGUUAUGUGACGUUCCCUUCGAGAACCCGUGCAUCAACCCCAAGCGGCAGGGAGAGAAGCACAGCUUCGUGUGGGCGAUGGGGCCCGACCCCGAGGGAGGCGACAAGGGCUUCGCAGUGAAAUUGAAUGUUAACUCCGGCGAAUCCUUCAAGUUCACAGAAGAUCAAAUUUACUGCAGCAGCCCUGAGUUUGUGGCAAGACCUGGCGCUGUUGAUGAGGACGACGGGGUCAUACUGAUGUUGGCCGUGGACACCCGGGACGACAAGGCGGUGCACCUGCUCGUCCUGGAUGCCGCCACGAUGAGCCAGGUCGGGCGGGCCAGCGUGGUGGCGCCUGCCCCCGUGCCCAUGCCCCUGCACGGCCUCUUCAUCCCCGCCGAGGCCCAGUGACCAUCUUGGCACACGUCCGUCUCUCUCCCAUGACUGUAUCGAGCUUCCUGUUUCUCUAUGUAUCUCAUAGAUUUGGCGCAACUUGUCUUUUUUGUAAUGUUACUGAGUGUUGUGUAUUUUUUUUCCACGGACAAAGGACGCAGUGUGCUCCUCUUAUCUAAGUAUUGUCGUUUGUAUAUGUCUGCCAUUUUGAUGGUGCUUUAUACAUUUUUGUCUCAGGUUAUCUGUGGAAUGUCUCCUGAGACUGUUGUUUUGAUUGAGCUUUAAUCUGCAAAUUCGUGUUUGCAAUGCUUAGGGAAACUUAUGAAACCAUUCCAUGAAACCAGAAAGAACUGCAGUUUUCACGGCAGAAGAGUGUAACAGCUGAUGGGGAAACCUUGAAGGGUCCCGGGACCAAUGUGUGUGUGUGUGUGUGUGUGUGUGUGUGUGUGUGUGUGUGUGUGUGUGUGUGUGUGUGUGUGUGUUUCAUCCUAUCCCUUCCCCUUGCCUGAUACAUGCCUUGACAUGGAUCUCCUCCACCCUUCACUUCUGCGUGGCUGUGACAAGGAGUUACUCGUGUGUGUCUGAGUGUUGGAGGCUCAUCACUGCGUUGCUUACGGUGUUCUGCAGAGUGGAGGAAGUCAGGAUGAUUGACAUGGAUGAGGACAGUGUUCAUCUAUUCCUCUUGACCUACAUAAAUGUUUCUACCUCCUGUCCCUUGCACUAUAGCUUUAACUGUUAGCUUUUAUUGUUCCCUUGUAUUCAGUUCGGUAAAUAACACCAAGCUGUCAGUAUAAAGUGUUUUCUGACACAAUGGCACAAAAGUCUAACUCUACUGUCAGUCAGAGGCUGAAAAUCAUAAACGUGAAAUAAUAGCUGAAAAUUAUAUAUCGCUCAUUAACUGCAAAUUUCAUUAUGAAAUAUGUAAAGGUGCUGUAUGCUACAACUCAACAGUUUGGUAGGAGUUUGGAGUGGAUUGUGAAAACAUGAUAUUCUCUUUAAGUUACUGUGUGUGUGUGUGUGUGUGUGUGUGUGUGUGUGUGUGUGUGUGUGUGUGUGUGUCCAAAGAAUCUCUGUGCAGCUUCAGAGAGUAAAUUACAUCGGGGCAUCAGCUUCAUCGUAACCGCUGAAUAUCGGUGGGAGAGACGAUAACUUAUUGUAACUUAUUCUAUAUUUAUUAAAUGUCAAAGUAUUGUUGGAUCUCUUAAUAUAAUAACUAGCACAAAAGUGAUGGCUUAGAGCAGGUGACAGUUGAAGAAAACCACAAGAUUAGCAAGUAAUCACUCCCCAACUGAUGACAUUUGUAACAAGUAAUGUACAACGUAUAAAGGACAUGGAUGCCUUGGUGUUGGGACAGGUGUACGGUGCAUGCGCAUUGGGGCUCUUCCUCACACCUGGAUGAACGUGAAGCAAUGUAAGUCAUGACGGCCUUGACCUUGCCGGUGUGCCAGGACACUGCAGGGAACAUUAAUUAAUUGCUGUGAUGUGUUGAGUACAAUUUUGUACACGUUGUUGGCUUUCUGUGUGUGUGUGUGUGUGUGUGUGUGUGUGUGUGUGUGUGUGUGUGUGUGUGUGUGUGUUAGGAUGAUCAGCACAUGCAUGGUACAUGCUAUUCAUGUAUGCAUUAUGCAUGAUUAUGUUAAAGUUAAAUAAUAAAGAAUAUAUAUAUGUUGAUGAUGUUCAAAAUAUAUAGUUUGUCACAAUGCUUUUCAUGUUGUAUGUUGAUAUAAAACUAUAUGCAUCA